CGCCGGCGGGUCGGCGCGCGCACCCACACUCCUAGUCAGCGUCGGGCUUAGCUUGAGCUGCGUCGACGGCGGGAAGCGGACGUGACAUUCAAACGGUUUCUCGACGGUUCGAGGCUCGCGACCGUCACGUGUUUGAAUCCUGUCAGUGUGGGGGGACAGAAAUCGAGAGAACCGCGCAUGCGCCUUAUUCUUCCACAGGCAUGAGCGGCGUCUGGCGGCUCUUGCGUUCGCUGAAGCUCCGGGUUUUCGGGCCAGCGAAAGAGUAUGUCGGCGCAGAUCCCCAGGGCAACAAGUACUACCGUGUCCCGAAGCACGAAACCUGGGCAGGUCAGCUCAUUAAAGAGAGAAGAUUUGUAGAAGCUUUUGGUAUAAAAGAACACCAGUAUGAAGCAGGGGAUAUACCCACAGAAUGGGAAGCUUGGAUUAGGAAAAAAAGAAAAGAUCCACCCUCAUUUGAGGAAAUUCUUAAGAAUGAGGAUUAUAAAGAAGAAAUAAAGAAGAAGAUUAAAGAUAUUUAUGAAAAGGACAGACUCCUGCAGUCGAAAGAGUACAAAGAGGGGCUUGUAGCAGAACCACUUCAAACUCAGAUUAAAGGCCAUGCAUCGGCCCCUCAAUUUGGAAAGAAUGAGCCAUCAGAAGAUCCAGUCAGUACAGCGAACACUUUUCAGCCUGGGUCCUGGAUGCCCCCCAAGGACAGUAUCCGUAAUAAGUAAGGGGCCCAUUGUGAAAGCAUCAGAAAUUAGAGGAAUAAUUAUGUUAAUAAGCAAAACAGCAGAAUGUUAUUUUCUUGAUUAUCGUUGAACUAUGAUAUUAUCCACACAGUAAAUAUAUACACUUGAAAAUUCAGCAGCAUUUUUAGAAAUGAUAGCUCAGAUUCAAACACUGCAGCUUUUUUACAUUACUAGUGGAAUUGAUUUCAUGGCAACGCUACUGGUAUUAAGUUGUAAAAACAGAUUAAAUGUUUACCUUCUACAAUUAAUUCUGAGACAUUUUCCAUUUAUUUCAGGUUUAAAUUAAGAAACAUUAGUGCUGGUAUAUCACUUAAACUGAUGUCACUACUUUCAAAUUAUUUACUAAUCUUAUGCAAGAUUUCCAUGUGUGCUUGUACUAUUGGCUCACAAGUGGUGAACCCUUAAUGUGUUAAUUCCUGUAAGUUUUUACUUAGGCUAAACAUGAGCUGCAGUCUCACAUGAGUUCACAGCUUCUCAUAUCCUAUAUCAGGCAUCCCCAAACUUCGGCCCUCCAGAUGUUUUGGACUACAAUUCCCAUCAUCCCUGACCACUGGGCCUGUUAGCUAGGGAUCAUGGGAGCUGUAGGCCAAAACAUCUGGAGGGCCACAGUUUGGGGAUGCCUGUCCUAUAUAAUAAAGUCCCUGUGUCUCUGCGUCCAGAUUCCGUGUGUCCCUGGGUUUGCGCUACUGGGCAUGUGCCCCAGGUACACAGGGAUUGGACGCAGAGACUGCACACACACACACACACACACACACACACUCUCCCCACCCCACCCCCCACGCCUCUGCCCUGCACUGGCUCAAUAAGCAGUUAAAACAGAGGCCACCAGGUGGAAGGCUGGAGCAGGCAGCAAGGCCCCUAAGCAGGGCAGGCCCUCUCUCAACGUGCCCAAGUGCCUGAGGAGGAAGCCGGGACGACCAAAAAAUCGAAGCCCCGGCUUCUCCUCACUAACAGGCCCAAAAUUGAGGCCCAAACAGCGCAAGCAACCGGAAGACCCCCGCUGGGCCGGAACGGCCAGGAAAGGUGCGGGGAGGCCACCGAAUGCUCAGCGCCAACCGCGGGACCCUCAGAAAGUGCCGGGGCGGGCGCAAUCCCCCUGGACAGCAAAGCUCCCUCCCGGACGCAGCAGGCGACUGAAAAACGGCCGCGGAGGCCAACAAAAGUAGCGGGAGCCACCCCCACCCCACCCCGAAAAACUGGGCGUACACCCUGGAGCAGCCGCCCGGGCCGUCCAGGAGCCAGAAUUCGGCCACUGGGCCCUGGCAGCAGCAGCGCUAUUGACGGGGAAAAAUUAGGAACCAAACGGCAGGCGCAAAAAGCGUGUGAAAACAGGGUGGGGUGGGAUCCACACUCCAAACACAAGCUUCGGAGGGGGUAAAGGAAGAAAUACCCCCC